UCUAUGGGCCGCGGAGGGGGGGAAGGUUGCGAGCGGGGCGGCGGAGUCAACGAGGAGCCGGUUGCUCGUUGAGGCGAGAGAGGGCGGGAGGUUUCAGCAGGCCGCGGGGCUCUUCGCCUUCCCCUUUCCCUUCCCUUCUCCCUGAUGUGAGCGGCCCCCCCGGCUUGUGAGGGCCCGGCGGGAGAGAGAGAGAGAGGAGCGGGGCGAUGAAGAAGGACGUGAGGAUCCUGCUGGUGGGAGAACCCAGAGUUGGGAAGACGUCACUUAUUAUGUCUCUUGUCAGUGAAGAAUUUCCCGAAGAGGUUCCUCCCCGAGCAGAAGAAAUCACCAUUCCAGCUGAUGUUACCCCAGAGAGAGUGCCAACCCAUAUAGUGGAUUAUUCAGAAGCCGAACAAAGUGACGAACAGCUCCAUAAUGAAAUAUCGCAAGCGAAUGUAAUUUGCAUAGUAUAUGCAGUUAACAACAAGAAUUCAAUUGAAAAGGUAACAAGUCGAUGGAUUCCUCUCAUUAAUGAAAGAACAGACAAAGACAGCAGGCUGCCUCUUAUACUAGUUGGGAACAAAUCAGAUCUGGUUGAAUACAGUAGUAUGGAGACGAUCCUUCCCAUUAUGAACCAAUAUACAGAGAUAGAAACUUGCGUAGAGUGCUCAGCCAAGAACUUGAAGAACAUAUCCGAACUAUUUUAUUAUGCGCAGAAAGCUGUUCUACAUCCUACAGGACCCCUCUAUUGUCCAGAGGAAAAAGAGAUGAAGCCUGCCUGUAUAAAAGCACUAACUCGGAUCUUCAGGAUUUCCGAUCAGGAUAACGAUGGCACCCUUAAUGAUGCAGAACUCAACUUCUUUCAGCGAAUUUGUUUUAAUACACCGUUGGCACCUCAAGCACUGGAAGACGUAAAGAAUGUAGUCCGGAAAAAUCUAAGCGAUGGAGUUGCAGAUAAUGGAUUAACAUUAAAGGGUUUUCUUUUUCUACACACACUAUUUAUUCAGCGAGGGAGACAUGAAACAACCUGGACAGUAUUGCGGCGUUUUGGAUAUGAUGAUGACCUCGAGCUGACACCAGAGUAUUUAUUUCCUUUAUUAAAAAUACCUCCGGACUGCACAACAGAGUUGAAUCACCAUGCGUAUUUGUUCCUCCAAAGCAUUUUUGAUAAGCAUGAUUUGGACCGAGAUUGUGCUUUGUCUCCUGAUGAACUCAAGGAUUUGUUCAAAAUCUUCCCUUAUAUGCCGUGGGGACCAGAUGUCAACAGCACCGUUUGUACAAAUGAAAGGGGAUGGAUAACGUAUCAGGGAUUUCUCUCUCAGUGGACACUAACUACGUAUUUGGAUGUACAGCGCUGCCUGGAAUAUUUGGGCUACUUAGGAUAUUCAAUAUUGACUGAACAGGAAUCCCAGGCAUCGGCAAUUACAGUAACUAGAGAUAAAAAGAUUGACCUACAGAAAAAACAGACUCAGAGGAACGUGUUCAGGUGCAAUCUAAUUGGGUUGAAAGGCUCUGGAAAAAGUGGAGUCCUCCAGGCACUGCUUGGAAGAAACCUAAUGAGAAAGAAGCAUAUACGUCCAGAGCACAAAUCUUAUUAUGCAAUUAAUACAGUCUAUGUGUAUGGACAAGAAAAAUACUUACUGUUGCAUAACAUUUGUGAAUCUGACUUCUUAUGUGAUUCUGAAAUCAUGUGUGAUGCUGUAUGCCUGGUGUAUGAUGUCAGCAACCCCAAAUCCUUUGAAUACUGUGCCAGGAUUUUUAAGCAACACUUCAUGGACAGCAGGAUACCUUGCUUAGUGAUAGCUGCCAAGUCAGACCUUCAUGAAGUUAGACAAGAGUACAGCAUUUCGCCAGCCGACUUCUGCAAAAAACACAAAAUGCCUCCACCACAAGCCUUUUCUUGUAACACGGUUGAUGCACCGAGUAAGGACAUCUUUGUUAAGUUGACAACGAUGGCCAUGUAUCCCCAUGCCCGAUUACGCUGUAUGUGCACCUGCAACAGGUGUACAUUUUGCAUCUGUCAGAACCUCCUCAACUCAGACUUGCUGCAAUCUGUAAAGAACAAACUCUUCACCGCAGUUCUUAACAGGUUAAGAGCCGCUGUAGCUGAAUUGGGUGCCAUGCUGUUAUCAGACGAGGAGAGCAGUAUUGUUCACCAGGUGCACGCCGUCCGCUCUGUAGAGGAUUCCAUCUUCAUGGAGUCAUCCCUUGAUCCUCAGUUACUUGAAGACAGGCAUGUGACGCAAGCAGACCUCAAGAGCUCCACCUUUUGGCUUCGAGCGAGUUUUGGUGCUACAGUCUUUGCCGUUUUGGGCUUUGCCAUGUACAGAGCAUUACUAAAGCAGCGAUGAUCUGGAAGAAAAGCACGCUUCUCGCAGGGGAGGGGCCUACCAAAAGGGAAAGAGAAAGAAACUUUUAUGUACAUUCUAAAUCCGCUAGAAAUAUUUAUAUAUGCGAGUUACUUUAUUACUUGUAAUUCACGGAUAAGAUUAUUUUAAAUGAUAGCUCUAAA